AUGGCACCAGGCAAUGAAACCCAACAUUCAGGAUUCCUUCUCCUGGGACUCUCAGAGGACCCAGCCCUGCUGCCUCUCAUCUUUGGGCUGUUCCUGUCCACCUCCAUGGGCACAGUGGGUGGCAACCUGCUCAUCGUCCUGGCCAUCCUCUCUGACCCACACCUCCACACACCCAUGUACUUCUUCCUCGCCAACCUGUCCAUGGUGGACAUCUGCUUCACCUCCACCACCGUCCCCAAGAUGCUGGUGAACAUCCAGACGCAGAGCAGAGCCAUCAGCUACGCGGGCUGCAUCACACAGAUUCACUUCUUCUUGCUUUUUGUGGAGUUGGACAACUUCAUUCUACUGAUGAUGGCCUAUGACCGCUUUGUGGCCAUCUGUCACCCCCUGCACUACACGGUCAUCAUGAGCCCCUGGCUCUGUGCGCAGCUGCUUCUUGUUGCCUGGGUUAUCAGUGUUCUGAAUGCAAUAUUUCAAAGCUUGAUGCUGCUGCGGCUGACCUUCUGCACAGCUGUGGAAAUCCCUCACUAUUUCUGUGAGCUGAAUGAGGUGGCUCAACUGGCCUGUUCUGACACCUUCCUUAAUGACAUGGUUAUGUAUAUUACACUCAUAUUGUUGGCAGCAGGCCCCCUGGCUGGGAUCCUGUACUCUUACUCUAAGAUCGUCUCCUCCAUCCGGGCCAUCUCCUCAGCUCAGGGCAAGUAUAAAGCCUUUUCCACCUGUGCCUCUCACCUCUGCGUUGUUUCCUUAUUUUAUUGCACUGGUCUAGGUGUGUACCUUAAUUCUGCUCUAACCCAUGACUCACACUCCACUGCAAGAGCCUCGGUGUUGUACACUGUGGUCACCCCCAUGCUGAACCCCUUCAUCUACAGCCUGAGGAAUAAAGAUGUCAAGAGGGCCCUGAAAAAACUCUUUGGGGCGGGGUGA